AUGGCUUCUAAAAUAGCUUUAUCAGUGGAAGAAUCGGCUAAGAAGAGCAUAGCUAAGAAAUAUAAAACAAUUUGUACUGUUCUUCUUGCUUUGUUGGUGAUUGCAUCACCUGGAUUAGGCCUAGGACUUAGACGCAGCAAACCAGAGUCACAAGCUAAAAUAUGGACCUGCAAUAAAUUUCGCUGUGGGGAGACUAGACUAGAAUCUAGCCUUUGCUCUUGCUCGGAUGACUGUUUGCAGAGGAAAGACUGCUGUACUGAUUAUCAGAGUGUUUGCCAAGGAGAAACACAAUGGAUGAAAGAAGAAUGUAGUGCAGCCGACCAGUCUCAGUGUCCAGAAGGGUUCGACUUGCCACCACUUAUCUUGUUUUCCAUGGAUGGGUUUGGAGCUGAGUAUUUAGAAACACAGCAUAUGUUUAUACCUAAUAUUAAUAAACUGAAAAUAUGUGGAAUUCAUGCAAAAUACAUGCGAGGUGUCUAUCCAACCAAAACCUUCCCAAAUCAUUACACCAUUGCUACGGGCUUAUAUCCAGAAUCACAUGGCAUCAUUGACAAUAAUAUGUAUGAUGUAAACCUCAACAUGAAGUUUUCACUUUCAUCAAAGGAGAAAGAGGAUCCAGCCUGGUGGAAUGGACAACCAAUCUGGCUGACAGCAAUGUAUCAAGGUUUAAAAGCGGGUACCUACUUUUGGCCAGGAUCAGAUGUGGCUAUAAACGGCACCUUUCCUUCCAAAUAUAUGUUAUAUGACAAGAAUGUUCCAUUUGGAGAGAGGGUCUUUACAUUAUUAAAAUGGCUGGAUCUGCCCAAAACUGAAAGACCCAAUUUUUAUACCUUAUAUGUGGAAGAGCCUGAUUCAGCAGGACAUGAAGGUGGACCAGUCAGUGCUAAUGUGGUUCAAGCCUUGCAGUUGGUAGAUCAGGCUUUCGGAAUGUUGAUGGAAGGUUUAAAACAGCGGAACUUACACAACUGUGUCAAUAUUAUCCUUUUGGCUGACCAUGGGAUGGAUCAGACUUACUGUGACCAGAUGGAAUAUAUGACAGAUUAUUUUCCAGAAAUAAACUUCUACAUGUAUGAAGGGCCUGCACCUCGUAUCAGGUCCAGUAAAACACCUCAAGACUUCUACAGCUUUAACUCUGAAGGAAUUGUUAAGAACCUCAGUUGCCGAAAACCUGACCAGCAUUUCAAACCAUAUUUGUCUCCUGAUUUGCCAAAACGACUGCACUAUGCCAAAAAUGUCAGAAUUGACAAAGUUCACCUUAUGAUGGAUCAGCAGUGGCUGGGUGUGAGGAGUAAAGCAUAUAAAUUUUGUGGAGGAGGCCAUCAUGGUUAUGAUGGUGGAUUGAAGAGCAUGGGGGCUAUCUUUCUGGCUCAUGGACCCGGUUUUAAAGAGAAGACUGAAGUUGAAGCAUUUGAAAAUAUUGAAGUCUAUAACCUAUUGUGCGAUCUUCUACACAUUCAACCAGCACCAAACAAUGGUACCCAUGGUAGUUUAAACCAUCUUCUGAAGGCACCUUUUUAUGAGCCAUCCCACCCAGAGGAAGUGUCGAAGUCUUCUGUUUGCGGAUUUACCGAUCCACUGCCCACAGAUUCUCUAGAAUGCUCAUGCCCUGAGCUACAAAAAAAAACUGUUCUAGAACGCGUGAACCAAAGGCUAAAUCUCACCUCAGAUGAAAUAACAGCAACAGAGAAAGAAAAUAUGCCGUUUGGGAGGCCCAGGGUUAUGCAGAAGAACAAAGAACAUUGUCUCCUUUACCACAGAGAAUAUGUGAGUGGAUUUGGAAAAGCUAUCAGAAUGCCCAUGUGGAGCUCAUAUACAAUCCCUAAGCCGGGAGACACAUCACCUCUUCCUUCCCCUGUCUCAGACUGUCUGCGGGCUGAUGUCAGGGUCACUCCUUCUGAGAGCCAAAAAUGUUCCUUCUAUUUAGCGGACGAGAAUAUCACCCACGGCUUCCUCUAUCCUCCUGCAAACAACAGAACUUCUGAAGGUCAAUAUGAUGCUUUAAUUACAAGUAAUUUGAUCCCUAUGUAUGAGGAAUUCAAAAAACUAUGGCAUUACUUCCACAAUGUUCUUCUUAUAAGGUAUGCUGCAGAAAGAAAUGGAGUAAAUGUGAUUAGUGGACCAGUAUUUGAUUACAAUUAUGAUGGACGUUUUGAUGCUCCAGAUGAAAUUACAAAACAUGUAGGCAACACCACUGUUCCCAUCCCAACCCACUACUUUGUGGUGCUGACUAGUUGUAAAAACAACAGCCACACUCCCAUCAACUGCCCUGGGUGGCUGGACGUCCUGCCCUUCAUCAUCCCUCACCGACCUACCAACGUGGAGAGCUGUCCUGAAGGUAGGCCAGAAGCUGUUUGGAUUGAAGAAAGAUGGAAUGCACACAUUGCUCGGGUCCGUGAUGUGGAACUUCUUACUGGACUUGACUUUUAUCAGGAAAAAGCACAGCCUGUCUCUGAGAUUCUGCAACUGAAGACUUAUUUACCCAUAAUUGAAACCCUUAUUUAA